UACCGCCCAAUGGAAAGUGAAAGUUAUAAAAACAGUUAGAUGGUAAACUGGUGAAAGUUGUACAGUUCUGCAUAUUAUUGUUUUCGGUGUAUUAAAUGACGAAUCUUGUUUGUAGUUUUUGUGAAUAAGAGCACACAUUGUGAUCCAGGAUGAAAGGACAGCUGUUACUUCAUCUUUUUUUCCAAGUUUUUGGGGUUUUCGUGUUUGCUGAUGUUUGGAAGGUAAAAGUAGAGCACGAAAUGAAAGCUUUGGUCUCAUCUUGUGUUGUGCUGCCCUGUACAUUCCAAUACCCCCAAACAAGACAGCCCUCUGCUCGUACAAGAGGUAUUUGGCACAAAAAAGACAAAUGGGAUGACUACGUCUAUUAUGAGGAUGAAACAAGAGUCUUAGACAAUUUCAAGGGUCGCACCAGACUGGUUGGACGACUGGGUGAAUUAAACUGCUCACUGGAGAUCGAUGAAGUCAAAGACCAUGACAACGGCCCAUUUUGUUUUAGAGUUGAAUUAGAGACAUCAGAAAAAAACAGAUACUCCUUUGUGGAAAAUUGUGUACACAUUAGUAUGCUUGAGAAAGCCUUACAACCGGAGCUGCAUUCUGAUCUGGCUGUACAGGAGGGUCAUCCUGCGAUCUUCAGAUGCUCUGUCAGGCACACCUGCCCCUCCCACCAGCCCACUCUCACCUGGAAUCACAAUGGCCAUAACAUGAUGAGCUAUAAGGACAUGGGUCAUGGGAACUGGGAAGUUGAGUCUAUUCUGUCCUUCACACCCACAAAAGAGGAUGAUCACAGCGAUAUCAUGUGCACAGUCAGUUACCAUGGUGUCAAGGAUAAAUUUGUAGCCAGCCGUCCCAUCUUUGUGAAAGCAGAACAAACUGAUGUCAACCACAUCCUGAUUCCAGUCUUCUUUGGUCUUGGAGCCACUCUUCUGGCUGGAGGACUGUGUUUCUUUAUAGGCAAAAGAUGCAAUGCCACUCCAGCACCUACGGCUAGAUAUACAUGUGUGGUGGAAACUCAUGCUGACAUACAGAGGCCUCUUGACUCAGCCGCGCCUCAAAACAAGGUCCUUUAUAUAUAGCAAUAAUGUAUAUGUGCACACACACAUGCACGCACACACACACACACACACACACACACACACACACACACACACACACACACACACACACACACACACACACACACACACACACACACACACUCACACACUCACACACACACACACACAUACAGUACUGUGCAAAAGUCUUAGGCCACCAUGCUACCAUUAGAUGUGUUGUUUUUGCAAUGUUAUAGUGAUCAUAAUAUAAUUGUUUCCCAGUCUCUUUUAUAGAAUACAUCCAGAAAAUACAGGAAAUGUGUAUGUAGCAUUAAAAACUGUAUAAAAAUGUAAACUGAUGUGUCAAGUUUUUAAGGUAAACUCCCCUUCCACUUGAACAAUAGCAGGAAAGUGCAGGAUCUCUUAAACCUAAAUAAAAUUACAUCCUAAUUUCUAAUUUUCAAGAAAUUAGUAUUUUUACUUCAUUCUGCUCAAAAAUGUCAAGAUGUGUUCAGUGCCAAGAGAGGUCACACUUAACACAGACGAUGCCUAAAGAAGAUAUUUAGUCCUGAAAAUUAUUUUUUUAUACAUAUUUUCAGUAUGUUCUGUUUGUAAAACAACAAGGUGGUGGUGGUGGCCUAAGACUUUUGCACAGUACUGUAUAUAUGCACCCAAUAUAUAUACAUUAUAACUUGUUAAAGACCUGUUUGUGUAUAAUAAUUACACUAUAUUUGAAAGGGCCAAAUAUCCACACUAACAUGCUUACAUUCAAUUUAUUGUAUUUUAUUUGCAUAUUUUAUACCUUUAAUUUACUCUUGUUGUAUCUUGUGUUGUAGUCUGCAUUGUCUUCACAAAUAAUAGUUUAUAUAAAUAAUAGUUUCCAUUUUAAAGAUUUUUAACAUCAUCCUAAAUCAUUGUAAAGCAGUAAAUAUUGAUUGUUUUUCCUUAGUAGGCUAAUACAAUCCAAGAAUAUGUGUUGUAUUACAGUUUUUUUCGAUUGCUAAACGUCAGUGGGCACAACUGGAGUCACAUGUGCAAAACUCUAACUACAGUCUGCACAGCAGCAGUUCAUGUGGACCAAACUCUAGUUCGUUUUUCAUUGGUUAAACACAGUUUUCAAAACUUUACACACUUAUCCCAUGACUUUAACCACAACCUGCACAACACUGUGGAUUUACAGCACUUUGUUCAAAUGCUAACACACUGCUGUCAAAACUGUGAACCACACAUUCAAAACAGAAUUGAUUUCAGCCUUGUGCCUUUCAAACACUGCUGAUUGCAAUUUCAUAUAAAUAUAAAUUCCAAUUUCAUUUAUAUAUUUCAUUUAUAUAUAAUAUUACUUUUUAUAUAAAUAUGAUAGGUAGAGCUUAGAAAGACAAAUUUUGGAAAUGGAACAAGGAAGACGGGUUCGUGGAGGGAGAAGGGUGGCAGGUAGUGGCCUGAUGCUAGAGAAAGGCAGGAUUAGCUCCUCAAUUAUUUGUUUGAAUUACAGUAUGUACUUUUAGUUUCUACCUUUUUUCCUCAUUACUAUAAUUCCAUAAACUACUACAGACUACUGAAGCAAACUGCAAAUUUCAUUUACCUUAAAGAAUUGUUCUGGUCAAAAAAUUUAAAUAAAUCAUGUGAUAAAUCAAUCAAUAAAUACAUCAUUAUUUGAAGAAAAUAUUACUUUGUAUGAAGUCACUGAAAUUGUUCAAACUGUAAAGAUAAAAAUUAGUAAUUUCUGUAUUGGUGUUUGAUGUUAGUGUUUUUCCUCUCAGUGUGUUGUGAGUGACAGUGUGUGUUAUCUCAGUGAGGGUUGUGUUUAGUGUUUGGCUGAACUGAGCUGUUUUGAGUCAUGUGUUAAGAGUUGUGCUCAGGUGACUUUUGGUAUUGCAGGUUGUAGUUAGAGUUUUGCACAUGUAGCUCCAGUUGUGCCCACUGACGUUUAGCAAUCGAAAAAAAACUGUAAAGUAAAGCAAUUUGUUUUUAUCUGUUUUACUUAUAUGUGUAUAAGUACAUUUAGUUUUACUUCAUUAAGUUGUGUUUUGGGAUAAAGGACAUGUCUGUAAAAUUAACAGAAAAUUACCAGCAUAUUGUCUAUUAUUUUUUUAUUACAGUGCAUUACUCCUGUUAAAUAAGGUCAGAGUGAACAUUAAAAUGCAAUGCGACUUAGAUUAUUCAAUAAACCAUUUUCAUUGUA